GUCAUGUAACACGGAGGAGCGAAGUAUCCUCUUACAUCGAGUACUUGGCGAUAUUUUGUUCAAUUUUCGCAUGUGUUGAACAAUCAUGGCGGCGGACGGAGAAGUGGAACAUGGUAAACGAGAUGCAAACAACCGUAAAAAAAGUCAUUCAAACAAAUCAAAACAGAGACCAAGACGGAAUGAUCGUAACAAAGAGGAAACAGAGAUAGAGGAACUUAAGGAGCAGUGUUCUGAAGAGAUAGCAUGGCAAAAUUUUUCAAAAUUUGAUGAUUUUCCAAUCAGUUCCAAAACACUGAAUGGACUGAUAAAAGCUAAUUUCAUUUCUCCAACUGAAAUUCAAAAGGAAGGAAUUGCUCUGGCACUGAGGGGGUUGGACGUUCUUGGAGCAGCCAAGACAGGUUCUGGAAAGACAUUGGCAUUCAUCAUUCCAAUUCUAGAAUUGCUUUGGAAAGAAAAGUUCACUACCCUAGAUGGGCUUGGUGCCCUGGUGAUCUCACCAACCAGAGAGCUUGCUUACCAGACUUUUGAAGUUCUGCGCAAAGUUGGAAAAUUCCAUAGUUUUUCUGCUGGCUUGAUCAUUGGAGGCAAGGACAUGAAAGAAGAACAAGCUCGAAUCCUUGAUACAAAUAUCAUAGUCUGUACACCAGGGCGACUUUUACAACAUAUGGAUGAAACACCUAGCUUUGACUGCAACAAUCUUAAAGUCUUAGUUCUUGAUGAAGCAGACAGGAUUCUUGAUAUGGGUUUUCAAGAUGCCAUGAAUGCAAUCAUUGAAAAUUUGCCACUUGAAAGACAAACAUUACUAUUCUCUGCUACACAAACAAAGUCGGUCAAGGAUUUAGCCCGUUUGAGUUUAAAGGAUCCUUCAUAUGUGUCUGUACAUGAAAAAGCAAAAUUUAUCACUCCUAAAAAACUUUCACAGUAUUUUGUUAUCUGUGAGCUGCAAGACAAAAUCAACUUUUUGUACUCAUUUAUCAAGAAUCACCUCAAAUCAAAAGUCAUUAUUUUUAUGUCGAGUUGCAAGCAGGUUAAAUUUUUCUAUGAAGUUUUUCGACGAUUACGACCUGGUGUCCCUCUUAUGGCCCUAUAUGGCAAACAAAAGCAGAUAAAAAGAGUUGGAAUUUAUGAAGAAUUUUGUAGAAAAGCUAGUGCGUUUUUGUUUGCCACUGAUAUUGCUGCAAGAGGCUUGGACUUUCCCGAAGUUCAAUGGGUUGUCCAGUUUGAUUGCCCCGAGGAUACCAAUACCUAUAUCCACAGAGUCGGUAGGACUGCUCGACUUGAAAAGGAUGGACAAGCAUUGCUUAUUUUGCUACCUUCAGAGGAAGCCGAGAUGAUAAAGCAAUUAGAAGCAAAAAAGGUUCCAAUACAAGAGAUCAGACCAGAUCCUAAAAAGAUGCAAAGCAUACAGAACAAACUGGCAUCUUUUUGUGCUCAAAGUCAGGAAAUGAAAUACUGGGCUCAAAGGAGCAUCGUGUCAUACGCUAGAUCAGUGUUCCUCCAGUCAAACAAAAAGGUCUUUGAUGUUCAAAAGCUGCCAAUUAAAGAAUAUGCCAUAUCACUUGGCUUGCCAGUUCCUCCACGGAUUAGAUUUAUGAAGAAACUUGAGAAGAAAAUUGGCUCUGCAAAGAAAGAAGCUCAAAAGGAUGAAAAAUUAGAGAAGGCUUUUAAGAGAAGCAGGCUUAAUGAUGAUGAUUCUGAAGAUUCAGAAUCUGAUGACAACGAAGAGCGCAUAGAUGAAGAAAUGGAAACUAGAAACGAGGACGGAAAAAAUGAAGCCAGUGAUAUUGACGAAAACGAAGAAGAUGAUGUGCUAGUUCUAAAAAAGAAGCACCUUUACACGGAAGUUGAUGAAAACGAGGAUGACGAGGGUUUGCUGGAAAUUAAAGAUGAAAAGUCCUCCAAAGUUGUGAAGAGUAGAAAAGCUCCUGAUAGCAGAGUGAUUAUGGCAAAGAAAAUAAUCAGAAAAGGGAUAAGACUGAAUACAAAGAUCAAAUUUGAUGAAGAUGGUGAAGCAAACGAAGUUGCAAAACCAGUUGUGAGUGACAAUGAAAGCUCUGAUGAAGUUGAAGAUUCUGACCAGCUGAAACCCAUAUCAAUUGAAGAAUUAGAAGGAAAAGAUAUUGUAGGUGGUAUCGAUAUUAAGAAGAUGAUGAAGAAACUUGGGAAAGAAGAUAAAUUGGACAGACAAACAGAAAGAGACAGGGUGAAGCGUAAACAUCAGGAGAACAGAAAAAAACAACGGAAAGAAAGAAAAAUUUUCUCAGAAAUGAAUUCAGUGACAUUAGGAGGCGAAGAAUCAAGCAACCAAGGAGAACUUUCUGAUGGCUCCGACGAAGAGCCAGAACACAAAAGAUCUGAAAGACCAUCUCCAAGGAAGAAAGCAAGAACAGAUACAGUGGAACUUCCUGGUCAACAGGAAUCACUAAAAGAAGACGAAGAACUUGCCUUGCAGUUGUUAUCUGGCCUGUCAUAAUUGAUAUUCUAGUAUAUGAAAAUAAUUUGCAAAUCAAACCAGUUAUUCGGUUUUGUCUUUUGACUUUGGUCAUCAGGACAAAUUAGGUAUCAAUCUGGAGUCAUUUUAUAUUGAGCAGUGUAUUUUUUGUAUUUGAUGAUCUCCAUUGAAGAUCGUUUAAAAUAAAUAUAAAUCAGGCAUGGAUCACCAAAUAAUAAUCG